CCAAAGCUUUAAAUGCAUGUUCACAGCUGCUAACCACCGAGCAAAUGUUCUCCUGAAGAUGGGAACACCGGAAAAAGAUGAAGAGAAUGACUGACUAAAAAAUUGUGAGAGUCCAGUCAUGACCUGUGAACACCACACCGAGGGUAUAAAAACUGUGGGAACUACAGAGCAGUAGCUGCGAGGGGCAUGAGUCCCUUAAAUUUAGAUCACAUCUUGCAGGCUGAGAGUUUGAUCAAAGGGGUGGGAGAGGUUUUUUUUGUUUUUUUUUUUGUUUUUUUAAGGAAACAACAGAUCCCAAUGGAGUCACCUGUACUAAUCCCCCAGUCAGCAAACCAAGGCUUCAUAUCUAACCUAACUGCAGUUUUAGCCUGUCCCAGGAAUGUAAUAUUUAACCAGUUAAUUUGCAUUAGCUGGUCAAUACUAGUGAGGUAGUCUUCUGUCUUCCAUAGGUAGAUGAAUUUGCCUGAGAUAAUCCAACCUUUGAUAGGAACUUCCUCUUUGAAUAGUUGAAUAAAGUCAAUGAGAUAUUUGAACUUCCUCGGGUGAUGUGUGUGUUUUUUAACACUGGCAUCUUUCACUUUCCUCUCCAGGGCUCCUCUUCACCCGCAGGUACUCACAAGUCAUUUGAUAUACGGCCACACCUGGAGAUGAGGGAGAUCAUACCCCAGGGCUUGAUCAGUGGGCACAGGAGCCGAUGGACAACACCCUCUACUUCUGUACUGAUCACCGGAGCAGGAGACGGGAUUGGGAAAGCUUAUUCAUUUGAGCUGGCAAGACAAGGCCUCAAUGUUGUGCUGAUCAGCCGGACGCUGGGAAAACUACAGGCUAUUGCCGUGGAGAUUGAGCGCACUACAGGGAGGAGCGUGAAGGUUAUCCAAGCAGAUUUCACCAAGGACGACAUCUACGAGGGUAUUAAAGAAGAACUCAAAGGCUUAGAGAUUGGGAUUUUAGUCAACAAUGUUGGAAUGAUCCCCAGCCUUCUCCCGAGCCAUUUCCUUAACACACCAGACGACAUCCAGAGCCUCGUCCAUUGCAACAUCACCUCGGUAGUGAAGAUGACCCAGCUCAUUCUGAAACACAUGGAGGCGAGGAGGAAAGGGCUCGUCCUGAACAUUUCUUCCGGGGUGGCCCUCUUCCCCUGGCCUCUCUACUCCAUGUACUCGGCUUCCAAGGCUUUUGUGUGCACCUUUUCCAAGGCCCUGCAGGAGGAGUACAAGGAGAAGGGGGUUAUUAUCCAGGUGCUGACCCCCUAUGCUGUUUCAACCCCAAUGACAAAGAACCUCAACACCAGCCUGAUAACCAAGACUGCUGAUGAGUUUGUUAAAGAAUCACUCAAUUAUGUCACAUUUGGCAAUGAAACCUGCGGCUGCCUCACCCAUGAAAUCCUGGCGAGCUUUCUGAGCCUGAUCCCGUCAUGGGCCAUCUACAGCAGCUUGGUCAAGAAGCUACUUCUGACUCAUUACACCAACUAUCUCAAGAGGAAUGCCAACAUCAGAUAGUCUUGGGGGCCUGGGGGGCCAUCCAGCAUCAUUUUCUUCACCAGGUUCUGCAUUGAGUGCAGAGGGUCAAGGAACAGACCAUCACCCAUCACCCCCUGAAGCUGAAGGUCCAUGCCACAGACACAGUAUCUACAAUACAAGUUGUGUGCCAAUUAGCUCACGUUAGAAUCAAGGAUUAAUGGAAAUAGGCUUUGAAAAUUCCCUGAGCAUAUGAAUCCAGUUCAUUCAUACAAGCAAAACUUAGUUUAGCUUAUUUUGCAAGAUUAAAGAUGGAACUCAGGGCAGGCUGCCCUCAAAUAUGUCACUUUGGCAUAUUUAUGAUUUUGAAUUAAAAUUACUUAAAUA